AAACAUGCUGUGCGGCAGCACUUGCGUCUACCAGGGUUUCAAUUGGCAAGAUCAGAGCAGCCGGCGGAAGCCCUCGCCGCUGCCUCCAACAACAACAAGGCAGGCAGAGAGUCGCUCAUAUGUACCCAAAACAUAUGACGCGGCGCACCUGCUUUGAGAAGGGAAUGGAUAAGGGUAGGUUGUAGCAGUAGGGAAAACGUAUGCGCGACGCACCUACUGUGAUCGUUAUCUCAUGGCAACGUAACCCGCGUCGCCGACAUUUUUUCUGUUCUCGUUCCAAGACUAUCCAUACAUAACGCGAUUUUUCUCUCCUCGUUUUCGCUGGAAUUACCGGUUAAUCGAUUCCAAGAUGCAGCGAUUGCGCGCUACCAGACGCUCUGCUAUCCUAUGCUGGGAUCAUUGGAGUAAGCAGAGGGCUUUUUUCUCCACCUCCCUCCUCUUCGAUGAUACACAGAAGCAGUUUAAAGAGAGCGUUCAUCAGUUCGCACAAGAAAACAUUGCUCCGCAUGCGGCCAAGAUUGAUGCUACGAACCACUUUCCCCAGGAUGUGAACUUGUGGAAACUUAUGGGCGAUUUCGAUCUCCAUGGCAUCACAGCUCCAGAGGAAUAUGGAGGGCUUGGACUUGGUUACUUGUAUCACUGUAUUGCAAUGGAGGAAAUUAGUCGUGCUUCUGGAUCUGUUGGCCUUUCUUAUGGUGCCCAUUCCAACCUAUGCAUAAAUCAACUGGUGAGGCAUGGGACCUCUGCACAAAAGCAGAAGUAUUUGCUGAAGCUAAUCAGUGGGGAGCAUGUAGGGGCUCUGGCAAUGAGUGAGCCCAACGCUGGUUCCGAUGUUGUCAGCAUGAAGUGCAAAGCUGAUCGAGUUGAUGGUGGUUAUGUGAUAAAUGGCAACAAGAUGUGGUGUACCAAUGGACCUGUUGCCCAAACUUUGGUCGUUUAUGCAAAAACAGACAUCAGUGCUGGAUCCAAAGGAAUUACAGCGUUUAUAAUCGAGAAGGGGAUGCCUGGAUUCAGUACUGCUCAGAAGUUAGAUAAACUUGGCAUGCGAGGAAGUGAUACAUGUGAACUUGUCUUUGAAAACUGCUUUGUUCCUGAAGAGAAUGUGCUUGGACAGGAAGGAAAAGGAGUUUAUGUCAUGAUGUCGGGGCUAGAUUUGGAAAGACUUGUUCUAGCUGCUGGCCCUCUCGGACUUAUGCAGGCAUGCCUUGAUGAAGCUAUUCCUUACGUUCGACAGCGAGAACAGUUUGGCCACCCAAUUGGAGAGUUUCAAUUUAUACAGGGAAAACUGGCUGAUAUGUAUACUUCCUUACAGUCAUCAAGAGCAUUUGUUUAUUCAGUUGCUCGGGACUGUGACAAUGGAAAAGUUGACCGAAAGGACUGUGCUGGCGUUAUUCUCCUGGCUGCUGAAAAGGCUACUCAGGUCGCUCUUCAGGCUAUCCAGUGUCUUGGUGGGAAUGGGUAUGUAAACGAGUACCCAACAGGUCGUCUUCUCAGAGAUGCGAAACUGUUCGAGAUUGGCGCUGGGACCAGCGAGAUCAGGCGACUGAUCAUUGGGCGUGAACUCUUCAAACAAGACUAGCUUCCAAUUCUACAUUCUCUCAAAAGCAACAGGCAUUUGUGCCCAAAGAUGCAGAAUUAAAUAAAUGGAUACAAGGUCUCCCAACCCAAUCAAACUGAUGGGUAUUUGCCCGAGUCAACAUCUUCUAUCUUCCGUGUCAGAAAUUAGCAUGCUCGCCAUUACUUUCUUCGGAUUAUUUAACCAAGUGGUUGAUAUUUUUUUUGUUUUGUUUUCCUGCAAAUCUGUGCAGUUGCUUAUGGGGAUUGCAUGCUAGUUGAUAAUUUGACAUCUGUCGAUACAGAUCGUUUGACAGAGCGUAGGGUACCUACCUGUGCUUUGGUUGUGCUUUGUUAGGUUACAUGCUGUAGACAAUACUGAUCAUAAUUCAUAUCAUAACCAGAAACCAUAUUGUGCU